AGCGUUUGGGAGGGAGGAGGAAAUUAACACAUCGGGGGAAUCGGUGGCGCUGACCUCAGUGCUUCAGUACCAGCGCUGUACACACGGGAGAUGGUGAAUGAAGACCAGCAAGAUAGGACACAUAGUUUCAAUUGGGGGUCCCUGCUGCUAAUCAUCUCUCCGUACCUUUUUACAGUGGAAUUGGUUCUGCAUUUUCAUUACGACAGUCUUUGGAGCAAGAUUUUUUAGCUCCUCUUGUAAGGAACACGCGAGACGAUUGCGUUGGACUUGUGCCUUUUUUCUCGCUGUCGGGGCAACGCUGCAGUUCAGAGGACGAAAUCAGCCCCGUCGGCGAUUCCUUAAAAGGUUUUCCUCAUGAAAAAUCAGCUUUUUUGUACUACCUCGGCCAUGGCGAUGAACAAGAGUGUCGACUGGCUCCAAGAGCAACUGGAAUCCGGGGAUGCCAGCCUGCUGCUGCUUGACUGCCGAUCCCACGAGCUGUACGAGUCCUCGCACAUCGACUCGGCCAUCAAUGUGGUCAUCCCGGGGCUGAUGCUCAGGAGGCUGAAGAAGGGCAACCUGCCCAUCAAGUCGCUGAUCCCCAACAACGAAGACAAGGAGAAAUUCGUGAAGCGGUGCAAGACCGACACGGUCAUCCUCUACGACGAGUGCACGAUCGAUUGGCACGAAAAUGGAACGAGUUCUGUCCUGGGGUUGUUGCUACAGAAACUGAGAGACGAUGGCUGUAAGGCUUAUUACCUGGAGGGGGGCUUCAACAAGUUUCAAACCGAAUACCUCGAGCACUGCGAGACCAACUUGGACUGUUCUUGCCCCAGCAACUCUCCCCCCGUGUCCGUGCUGGGACUGGGCGGGCUGCGAAUAAGUUCCGACUGCUCGGACGGGGAAUCCGACGCCGAUCGAGAGCCCAACAGUGCGACCGAGUCCGAGGGGAGUCCUCUGCCCAAUAAUCAGCCCGCCUUCCCCGUCCAGAUCUUGCCAUACUUGUACCUCGGCUGUGCCAAAGAUUCAACCAACCUGGAUGUCCUGGGAAAGUAUGGCAUUAAGUAUAUCCUGAAUGUAACCCCUAAUCUUCCCAACAUGUUUGAGAACGACGGGCAAUUUAAGUACAAGCAGAUUCCAAUUUCAGACCACUGGAGUCAGAACCUUUCUCAAUUUUUCCCUGAAGCUAUUUCCUUCAUAGAUGAAGCUCGAUCCAAGAAGUGUGGCAUACUGGUUCACUGCUUAGCUGGGAUUAGCAGGUCAGUCACUGUGACUGUUGCAUAUCUCAUGCAGAAAUUGAACCUUUCACUGAAUGAUGCUUAUGAUUUUGUGAAAAGGAAAAAGUCCAACAUCUCUCCGAACUUCAACUUCAUGGGGCAGCUUUUAGACUUCGAAAGGACUCUGGGACUUACCAGUCCCUGUGACAACAGGGCUCCUAAAGAACAGCUGUAUUUCACCACUCCUACCAAUCACAAUGUUUUCCAGUUGGAAUCUCUUGAGUCAACAUGAAGAAAGGAACAUGUGCAAAUCUUUAUCCUAACCAUUUGAAAAGCUUGCUAUCAGGUGAUCUUGGGGGAAAAACUGGUCUGACCAGGUUGAUGAAUCUGAUCACUGCUUGGAGAACGUGCUUGCUAUCUCGUAUCACCCUGAUAAUAGUAAUCGGGAAAUAAACUGAGGUUCACUGAAGAGUGGGUUUUCAGUUUUGAAAGGUAUUAAAGUUUAUGGGAAGAAUAGUUUUCAGAGUGCAGUUACAUUCUGUGACAUCUGAUGUUGUCAAGCACGCAGACAGGCAAUGAACCCACUACAAACCUGUUGGCUAAAUGUGAUGAAAAGACUUGGGCACUUGGACAUCUGCAGGAAGGUGCCAUCCCAGUACCCUCCUUGUUUUGCAUUUUGAGGUAGCUUUACUCUACAAAAUGUAGGGUUGCUGCAUUUUUCCCUCUAAUAACCAGACUGUUGUACAAACAGUUAUUGUUCAAUCACAUUUUUGAUUGUUUUCUAUGUUAUUUGUUGACCUAAUGCAGUUUGCACAGUUGUGAAGCCUUUGAGUCAUGGCACUUCACUGGUACUCCACAGAGAUAAUGGACACUUCAUUGUAGUAGGCAUCUGGCAAAUGUGAAUGGGACAGACCUGGAUGUUACCUGGACUGUACUUUGAGUUCUGUAGGAAAGUUAGCAUUGCAAGAAUACAAUUUAAUUUGUUUUCUCUAAAUGCUUAAGCUGAAGAAGAUGGACUUUUUGAAGUCCUAAGCCAAUUUCUUUACAGCAUGCUUGAGGUUGCCCUGGCUGUGCGCAGUCACAGGCAAUGAUUAAUGUUAAACAGCUGGGUUAAAUCGGAUCCAGGUCAGUCUGUCAGUGGGAAGUAAUUGUAGAUGCCAGCACUUAUCUUGCAUACUACAUACUGAACUCUUUUUAACUGUUGCUGCUACUCUGAGGUUCCAGACAAAGUUGAAAUAGAGCUGUAAAGAAACGAAGGUUACUGUAGUGUUACGCCUGGGUGGAAAAUUGUCUAAGACUUCAGCUUUGGCUGACCUUGUAACCUAUUUCAGCAUUUUUUUUUUGUUUUGUAGUAUGUUCUCUUUUAAAUGUAUUGAAAAUCCACUGAAAUGCUUGGUAUUAGAAAUGACUUAAGAAACAAAAUUUGUAUUGAUGACCGAAGCUUUUGGGGUCCAAAUUUCUGCGAUUUCUUUUUGUGUAUUCUGUUUUCUUUUUUUAAAAUAUUGUCCAAUUUUCAUAGCCUUUUAUGUGGAGGAAUGUCAAUGUGACCGUGUAAGAUACAAAGAGGGUUUAACAGUUACAAGAACACAGGCAUUAUUUGGGGGAGGGAGAAAAUCGGUUCAUUACUAAAUGGAUCAUCUUGCAUUUUACCUCACUGAGGACUUUUCAGGGAUUAUGAAAAUGCAUCGGUUAUCGUGUUACAGCUGAGUGGAUUUGUAAAGCUUUUGUGCUGUACAUGGUUGAGAUGCAUACAUGUUUCAAUAUGAGCUUGGUAGAGGGUAGUUUUUGCUUUCUGAUUAUGAAGGAAAAACUCUAUAUUGUAUAGUAUUCUGAACCAAUACAACACAUGUUUAUACUGCAAAUAAAUAUUGAAUUAUUUUU